GAUAGCGCACAUACAGACAGCAUGGAUAAAUUUGUAAUUGUUGGGGGAUUUUUAUGUUUUGCGGCCGAUGUAUUCGCCAUAGCGUCGUUGGCAACUCCAGAAUGGGUUGUGAUGGACUUUGCUGGGUCUGUUCGACUUGGUCUUACCGUCAUGUGUCAGAAGUCAGAUGGUCAGCCAGAAGUUUGUGUUACUCCUGACUUGCCUCGAGAAUGGCUGGCCACACUCAUGUUUAUGAUUCUGGGUGUGGUGGCUUUAACUCUCACAUGCUUUUUAUUACUGGUAUCACCUUGGAAACCAUCCAUUGUUGAUGCAGCCAAGUGGAUUGUUUUUAUUGGAAUGCGGAUUGUGUUCUGCCUAGCUGCCCUGGCAUUCCCAAUGGGAUUUCAAAUGCCUGAAAUUGGUGGCAAACCAUACAAGCUUCCACAAGGCACUAAUGUUGGACCUUCAUUCUUUCUUUACAUAUUUUGUAUAGUUUUUACAAUUGCUUCGGAACUUUUUAUAUUUAAAGUUUGUCCACUGCCGCUUAGGUGAUCAAG